UCAAAUCUUUGUGGAGGUGAAUGCUGCUCAGCACCAUCUCCACCUGGUGUUUUAGGUGUCGAUCUGAGAUUUAAGGGCAUAAAAAAAGCUUCCUAGGCAUAAUAGAAUGACUUUCGCCUCACUGUGACCUGAGGUGAUUCUUCUGAAAGUUCAUGGAAGAGCGAUGGGGGCCAAACAAUCACAAGUGAUAGACACCAUGCCUUCAAGGACGGGUUAUGGCUUAUAGCAGACUGCUGCUGCUGCUGCUGAUAGGAGCGACUGUCACCCACCUGCCUCAAGUAAGCGCAAGACCGAUUGCCUUUUGGUGUAACAUUGACGCUAGACAGCGCCUGAUGAUGGAUUUCAAAGUUGAGGGUAACUGUUCUGACACCCUGCUUUCUACUGUUCAUGUGCCAAGAGUGGGGGUGAAUUCGCCAGAAUAUGAAAAUUACACAUUACAGGAAAAACUGUCUGAAGUGCUGCAGGACUUCCAGGCAUUUCAAGAAACUGUCAAACACCUUAGGAAUCAAACCAGCACGGAGUGUGAGGACUUUCUGGAGAAGUUUAAUCACCGUAUUAAGCAUUAUAUGAUGCUUCUCAAACAUCACCCACAGGAUUUGUGGUGGGACAGGCUGGAUUGUACCAAGGCAUUCUCAUGUUUGUGGUGGCCUACUUCAUCAUCUCCAUGACUGUUCUGUCAGUGUGCGCAAUCUCCACCAAUGGAGCACUGGAUGCUGGAGGAGCCUAUUACAUGAUCAGCCGAGCUCUGGGUCCUGAGUUUGGCGGCAGCAUCGGCAUCAUGUUCUUCUUUGCUAAUGUGUGUGGCAGCGCCCUCUAUGUGCUAGGUCUGGUAGAGGCCAUGAUGGGCACCUUUGGAAUACCAGAAGAUCCAACCGUGGUUCCUAAUUCACACCAGGUCCUGCCGUCAGGUUACUGGUGGUCCCUGCUGUAUGGCACCGUUAUCCUCUUGCUGUGCCUUAUAGUAUGCCUGGUUGGGGCCCACAUCUACGCCAAGGCCACUUUCGUCAUCUUCCUGGUGGUCAUCUUGGUUCUGAUCAUGAUCUUUGUCAGCUUCUUUGUUGUGCAUCCUAAAAUGGUCACGUUGCCAAGCCCCUUCAAGCCAUCUAACGGGACGGGCCCUGUGUAUCCCACCACAGCUAAUUUUACUGGAUUCAAGCUGGAAACACUGCUGGGAAAUCUGAAGGCUGAUUAUGUUGAAGACUACACCACUGGGAAGAUGAUGUCCUUCGCCACCGUAUUUGCUGUCAUGUUCAACGGCUGCACCGGCAUCAUGGCAGGCUCUAAUAUGUCAGGUGACCUGAAGAAUCCCAGCUUCUCUAUCCCUCGUGGCACCAUUACCGCUGUCAUCUUCACCUACAUCAUCUACAAUCUGCUGAGCAUCAUGGUGGCCUGCUCCUGUGACCGUGUUCUCCUUCAGAGGGAUUACAGUUUUCUGAGGGACAUCAACAUCUGGCAGCCCUUUGUCAUCAUUGGAGUUUAUUCCUCUACAAUCUCUGCCUCAAUGAGCAAUCUCAUCGGAGCCUCUCGCAUUCUGUAUGCCUUGGCGAAGGAUGACUUAUUCGGUAAGGUGCUGUGUCUAGCUAAGAAGACAUCCCGCAGUGGCAACCCCUGGAUUGCUGUUCUCAUGUCCUGGUUCUUGGUGCAGCUGGUGCUGUUUUCAGGAAAGCUCAACACCAUUGCCAGCAUUGUGACCAUUUUCUUCCUGCUGGUGUAUGCUGCUGUAGACUUGGCUUGCCUUGCCCUGGAAUGGGCCUCUGCACCUAAUUUCAGGCCCACGUUUCGUUACUUCACCUGGCAUACCUGCAUACUGGGCAUCAUCGGCUGUGCCGUCAUGAUGUUCCUCAUCAACGCCAUCUACGCCUCAGCUAGCAUUGCCUUCAUGCUGCUCCUCCUCCUGCUGAUUCACUACCUCAGCCCCACGUCCAGCUGGGGAUACAUCAGCCAGGCUCUCAUUUUCCACCAGGUACGGAAAUACCUUCUGAUGCUAGAUGUCAGGAAAGACCACAUCAAGUUCUGGAGACCUCAGAUCCUCCUCAUGGUUUCCAACCCUCGCAGCAGCGUGGGCCUCAUCACUUUUAUCAAUGACAUCAAGAAGAGCGGCCUCUAUGUGCUGGGACAUGUCCAGCUAGGAGACCUCAGCACUUUACCAUCUGACCCCUUGCAGGCUCAGUAUGACUCAUGGCUGUCCCUGGUAGACCAUCUGAACAUCAAAGCUUUUGUCAACCUGACUCUGGCAGAUUCUGUCCGUCAUGGCGUCCAGCAUCUACUCUUCAUCUCAGGACUUGGUGGGAUGCGCCCCAACACCUUGGUCCUCGGUUUCUAUGACGACUGCCUUCCGAAAGAUAAGCUGAUUGAAUCGUCAACGUCUUCCACCGAGUCCACAGAUCCCUUCAGUCCUUCUCUGGACCUCGAGCAGCCCCCUCUGCACCGCUUUGCCUCCCUGCGGGGGUCCAGCGACAGGCAGGAUUAUGGUGAAUUUGGGGAUGGGAAGGUUUUAGGCCCCCAGGAGUAUGUCUCUGUUAUUUCUGACGCCAUGAAGAUGCUCAAGAAUGUGGUUCUUGCGCGAUAUUUCAAUGACUUUGAUAAAACUCGGAUCCUUUCGCCUCCCUCCGCCCUAGCAAAAGUGGACGUGUUUGUUGAUGUUUGGCCAGUAAACCUCCUGCGCCCGGACAGCUGCAGCUACGUCGACACCUGCUCCCUGUUCCUGCUGCAGCUAGCAUGCAUCCUCAACAUGGUGAAAGCCUGGCGCAAAGCUUCUCUGCGACUCUUUCUGUGCGUGGAGGAGGGGCGAAGCGUCAAGGGCCCGGAGGCCAAACUAGGCCAGCUCCUCAAAGAUUUGAGAAUUAAAGCGCAAGUGAUAACCGUACCCUGGGACCAGGUGGUGGCGCUGCACUGGCAGCGGCAAAGUGGAAUCAACAAGAACCUGAUGUCCAAGUCUCCAGACUUGACCGCUGAUGAGAUGGAGGCCAGAGCAAUCGAGGAGGAGAGCGAAGAAGACUACGCCAACAGCUUCCCAAGCAACGCCACACGCGUCUCCGAUGACUACCUCGUGGCUGUCAAUAAGCUGAUCCUGGAUCAGGCAAUGCCACCUCCUGCCGUGCGUUUCCUGUAUCUGCCCCGCCCCCCAGCCGACACCCGGCGAUACGCCACAUACUUACACCAGCUGGAUCUGCUUACUCAGGAUUUAGGACCCACUCUGCUCAUCCAUGGGGUCACACCUGUCAUCACCACUGACCUGUGAGCUCUCCUCUUCCUGACGUGUUCAGUGAAAGUGCCUUACACUCUGACAGUGAGCAAAGUCUACAGUGUCCCCAUUAAAGGUGUGGACUGCAGCUCUGCAUCGACCUCUCCUUUAUCACUGCUAGCCCACUGACAUCACCUUCUCUGCCUUUAUAAUGCUCCUUUUUUUAAAAUUAUUUCCUUUUUAUAUGUCUUGUAACUUCUAAAUAACUGGACGGUUAUCAAGUACCAGAAGGAAUCUCUGGGGAAACCUCACUGUAGUUUUAAGCUCAGCCUAGAGUCUGAUUUCAUUGCUCCAAAUGACCAUUCCACAUGUUCUUGGGUCAAAAAGUACCUCUUUUUACUUGGGAAACAGAAGUUACACAAUGUUAAUGCUUAAAGCAGUCAUUCCAUUUUUCUUUUCCUGGUAAUAAUACCAGAGGUUCUUCUACAAUGUGCUCUUUUUUAUUUCCAAAUGAUAUUAUGUGGAAUCUCAGGACAUCAUUUCUUUUAUCCAAAUGCACUUUUGCCCUCUUCUGCUUCAGCCAAACUGCACAGUGUGCAGGUCUUCAGAAGAAAACUUAACAUUUUUCAGCUCCAUUGACUGUUCCAACUAUCAUAGAGAUUUUCUCCAUUUGUUUUUAUUAUCUCCUACAAUCUUGUCACUUUUGGUUUACUCUCAGUGGCCAUGUUGGUUGACCGGCCUUGUGCUAAAUUACCCGUAUGAAUUUAAAUAUCUGCUCAUGUCUGCAGUCACACUCAUUACCUAAAGUGCUUGUAACAUUGAAAAAAAAAAGUUAAUGAAAAUUCUGCUCAACUGUGUGGACAAAGGAGGAUUUAUUUGAAUGUAUAUUAGGGCAGAGCUGUGGAACCAUAUGCUGCCUCACAGUCAGCUUGCAUCUGUGAACAACUCGGCAUACUCUGACAAUGAUGCUUCCUUUGUUAUACCCUCUGUAGCAUCUGUAACAACAAUCUCAAUGCUUUGAUAAACUUUCCCUUAUGAGUCGUAAAUUAGACCAGCUCCCUAAGAACUUCAGCACAUUUGAAGCCAAACAUUUUUGCUGAAAAGAAAACCUGGUGCUCUGAUUUCACUCUUAACCUGACAUACCUUUGUAUUUUUUUUUUACUCAAUCCAAAAUGUGCUUCCUUGUGAUCUUUGUACUUCCAUUGUUUUUCUACUGAUAUGUUUGUGCUUGGACACUACACUCCUCUUUAAACCACUGGCAAAGUAGAUCCUUUGACUGGGAUUUUUGUUCUCCAUUUUAAAGGAGAACAAUAAAUUCAGUUGGACAAACAUUUGUGAAGGAAUUAGUAUUUGUAUUACUCUUGAAUUAUGCCCAAACUGUCCAAGAUGUUGAUCAUGUU